AUGACCAUUUACAACCUAUAUAUCUUUGACCGACAUUGCCAGUGUAUCUAUUAUCAGAAAUGGGCUCAUCAAGCCAAAACAGCUUCUGGAAGCACCAAUAACAGUGCGAGUCACGCUUCCUCCAGUCGCUUAGGGCCCAACGCUUCAUCUUCGAGAUUUUCCACAUCCCCGUCAUCAUCUUCUGCAGGCCACAGCACGCCCAACUCUUCUACGUUGACGAAAAGUGGCGAUCGUGUCGCUUCCAAUACGAACAUGACCUAUCAGAGUGGGCUUGCGGCCGGCAGUGUCAUUUCCAUAGAAGAGGAAGCCAAACUGGUCUAUGGUGUGAUUUUGUCUCUGCGAAAUUUCGUCCGAAAACUAAGUGGAAGUCAAGACGGGUUCAUUUCGUACAAAACAUCAACGUAUCGAUUGCAUUACUAUGAAACGCCGACAGGAUUGAAAUUUGUAAUGAACUCGGAUCCUAAUACGGAAUCCUUAAGGCUGGUGCUCAAACAGAUUUACGUCCAGCUUUAUGUGGAAUUCGUGGUGAAAAAUGGAAUGAUGCGGUUCGACGAUACACGAUGGGAGAUCAGUCAAGGGUUCCUGCACAACCUGGAUGAAGACCACAACGAAGCGACCUUGACCAACCCCGCCCAAACCACACUUACCAGCGGCAACACCACCCAACCGCCGGCACCAGGCAAUAUCUCCAACGAGCUUUUCCGCAUUGCUGUGGACCGAUUCAUUAGAACAUUAUCUGUAUUCGAGUAA